AUGGAAGACGGAAAGAAUGCGAAUCCCCUUGUUCUCAACCCUUCAGAUCUUCCGACCCGAAAGCGGCGCGCAUCAGCAAGGGACGACCAUACCUUCGGUAACUCUACCUUUGCGUAUCCCGCGCCGUCGUUCGCUGUCGACCCUUUCACACGUUCCGCUAGUCCGUCAUCCAUAGAGGCAAGCGACAGCGAUGCAGAAGAAGAGCCUAUCGAUACCCAGGAGAUCUAUGACCUGGUAGCCACCAUGUCUGAUCCUGAACAUCCUAUUACGCUCGGCUCCCUGGCCGUCGUGUCAUUGCCCGAUAUUUCCAUCAGACCUACCAUUCCCAACCGGCCAAACUCGAAUCUCCAAACAGUUACGGUCUUGAUCACUCCCACAAUCCAGCAUUGCAGUUUGGCCACUGUGAUAGGACUGGGAGUGCGGGUCCGGCUGGAAGAAUCCCUUCCUCCCAGAUUUAGGGUUGACGUCAGGAUCAAAGAGGGUACACAUUCAACGGCGGAUGAAGUCAAUAAACAAUUAGCAGACAAGGAGAGAGUUGCUGCAGCUCUGUGGAACCCUACCCUCCAGAGUUUCAUCAAGAAAAUGUUGGAGACAUGCGAAUGA